AUGGAGUCGCUUCCCCGCGAGCUCAUCGAUACCAUCCUUCAACAAUGCGUCUCGUUGGGACGCCGAAAUAAUGUCCUUGGCUUGCGCCUCGUGUGUAGAGCCUUUGAUCGCUUCCUCAAGCCUUACGCGUGCCAGACAAUAGCCAUCGAGUUCAGCCGGCUGAGCAAGACGAGCCGACGGCGGCAGCCCGAUUUCGAUGCCCUCCAGACGAUUGGGUACCACUGCAAGUCCAUGUAUAUCGACCUGAUGGUUCUUCGUGACGAAUUGGAAGUCGAGUUUCUCUCCACCAUUUUCGAUCGCAUCCCCUCUAUGAAGAACUUCGUCCAGACCCUCCAACGAGAGUACUGUAUGUCGCCGACCUCUUUCACGACGCUAGACUACCGACAAACUCUCGAAACAGUCCUUUUCAACUGUCAAUUCGUGUCUUCCCUCCGCCUGAACCUUCCUUUUCAGCUCGUCGGCCACCGUUGCAAUGCCGCGACAAUGAUACUCGCAAACACCUUCUCCGCGUUCUCUCGUCGCCCGGAGGACUCCCUCCCUCUCAAGACACUCGUCCUCGAAAACGUAUCAUAUCAGGCCGUUGUCGAUCUCUGGACCAACCCCUCCGACGUGCUGGCUAUCAUGCGCGCUAUUAUCGAGCUCGAGCAUCUAGUCAUUUCUUUCCGUCGUCACGAAGUCGAUCCUCCCCGCGUGGCCUUCUAUGGCACGUGUCUGUGGGAUCUCAUACGCAACGCCGAUGUUCUUCAGUCCCUCUGCCUCUCUGGCACUGAUGAUGACCGCCCGCCGCGCGGUCUAAAGCAAACCAAAGCGUGGAACAUGACGCUCGACGAGUGGCGUGCCCGCGCUUUACCGCCCCCGCAGGUCGUACUUCCCUGUCUCACAGCCCUAGAACUAAAGCGCGUAGAAGUCCACCCUGAGGCCCUACGGUGCGCUGCCCGCAACUUCGGCUGCACCCUCCGCGAGCUCUACCUCAACGAGGUUUACCUUAAAGCUGAGCAAGGACAGGGUCUAAACGAGGACUCGAAGCAGAUCCUCUGGGUCGGUCUCCCCAACCAGCGCCCAGGUAUCGACGACGACUGGAUUGCCAUGAUCAUUCGCGAAUCUUGCCCCAACCUCCGAACCUGCCGCGCCUCGUUCUUGGGUUAUGACUUAUACACGCGUGACGACCUGCCUCCCUCGCCGGCCCCCUCCUCGCCGGACUUCGACUUCGUCGAUCCCUGCGGACUUGGCCGCUCUAUUGCCCAGCGCUUUGUCGAGGUUGUCCUCGGAUACUACCAGCCGCCGCAGGCGGACGGCACACCUGUGUGCUAUCUACCCGUUCUCGAAACUAACGACCACCUUCUGACACAAAACCGGCCGCGUACUCGUGCCCUGCGAGUCACCGAGUACGACGUUAACGCCUACCAAACAGCCGUACGUAAUGCCACUAGCGGCUGGCAGCGCAGUAUCGAUGGUGUGUUCCCGAACUGCAACAGCGGCACGCUGGAGGAGCUGCACUACAUUGCCGAAACGGCGUGCCAGGGUAUGAAUGAGAUCCAAAGACAACGUAACGAACAUAUGAACCAGGGAGCGGAGGGUGACAAUGACGGCGCUGAUAAUGGAGAGGACGGCAGCGCUGGAGGGGGAGCUGGUGGUGGAGGAGGACUCGCCGAAAACCUCCUUAAUCUAAACUUCGCAGAAGAAUGA